AUGUGUAAAAUCUGUCUCUAUUCCCAAAGAAAUAAACUCAAGAUUAGAAAAGCAUCGUUAAACUUUAGCGUUGCCCGUAUCUACAGAUCUACAGAGCGCGACUGCUCUCAGGCAGCGCGACUUCAACUCUCGCGAGAAAGAACGCGAUGUCAUGUCGUUGCCGUGGAAACAAGAACGCCUGGGCGUGCAGUGUUGAUCAGAAACACACAUCCAGCGCUUCAUAUGAUGGAGUCACACAGAGAGUUUGGGAAAGCGGUUACAGUGCAGAUUACUGUGUUGAGAGGAAAUCAUUUGAGAGGCAGCGGGGCUGAAUCAUGUCUCAGUUUUGUCCGUGUGGAGUUUAAUGGAUGUGCUCUGGGAGACUCGCAAAAACUGGAUGUUGCUGUGGACAAGGAUGCAGUUUACAACUUCACCUGUAGUUUUGAAUGUUCAGAAGGAGCCCAAACCCUGGAUGACCUGGCACAUAAACCUGUCAUAUUAACAGUCGUUGAAAUUUUACCCAAAGAGAAGAAGCAGAAAGAGGAGAAAACUGCUGUUCUGGGUCAGGCUGUAGUGGAUCUUCUGCCUCUGCUGAAAGGUCAGUGUAGAUUCUUAUCCUGUGUGCAGCUUCAUUUGGCAUCCGGAUCACCUGUAGAUGACGGUGUAAAACCCACUCUAGAUGUGUCAGUCAGCGUUCAAGAACCUUUGCUCUCAGAUGUCCAGAUCUCUGAAUCCAAUCUGUUGAUGGUCACCGUGGAGACGGCGUACUCCAUUCCUGACAUCUGGAAUGCCGCAUCCACACCUCCAUCCAGCUAUGUGGCCGCCCUGCAGAUACCCCUAUCAGCUGGGGAAGCUCAAGCGUUAUUGUUCUCCAAUGGCACAGUAAAGAUGGGUGGCGAAAGGGAAACAGUGCCAAGGCCCAAAAAAUGGCCAGUGGGGCCCCUCCUCGCUCCAGGGGCCGAAAUCAUUGAGGGCCAGUUUAUUGACACAGAACCCAUGGAUAUGGGUCACGGAGACCUUACAGAUAUCGAGGACAUGGAUUUUAGAGCAGACGCAGAGUGUAACAGGAAAAGAGUGAGCUGGGACACAAUGCAGCGUUGUUUUAUUGACACGGGAGGCGUGGCCUGUCUGUCCCGCAAGAUUGCAGAAUGCAGACUGUGGCCCAUCGAAAUCAUGAGAUGCACUCAAACAGCGCCAACUAAAUCUGCAAAGAACAGCAAAGAAAAGCAGGGGGAAGAUGAGGCUCAGAUCUCAUUUCAUGGAGUGGUGUACAUGGACCUGGCACCGCUGUUGUACCCAGGUGUUCGCCGUAUACAUGGAGCGUACAGGAUCUAUCCAUUUUAUGAGUCUGAUCUUCUGGCUAAGGCUCAGAGAACACACAGCGUUCUGAAGGAGCAACUCAGAGCACCAGGGAACAAAGAUGCUUUCAAAAAGGGGAAACCUGCUCAGACCGACAGUCCACCUGAUAUGGAGGUGCAGGUGAACAUGGAGGGACAGAUGUACGCAGAAUCAAGAUCGUACAUUGUUAUUGAAAUUGCUUUGGAGAAGCCGCUGGUUCCAAAGAGACCACCGGAAGUGCUGGCCAAACGUGUAAUGGAGUUAAUCCCACCGAGACCUCCUCUACCUCGACGACCAGCAGGAGCAGAAAGGGCAGUACAUGAAUAUCAGUCUCAGAUAGCGAGCGUGGCCGCACAGGUUUUGGAUCAGUACCAGCAGCUGUUUGGAGAGGCGUUUGUGCCGGGCGGGAUUCCAGUGGAUCCAACACUGCAAGAGCAUCGCAAAGCCCGACUGAUCGGAGAACUCAACUACUCUGGGAAAUACUUUGCAUUCAAAGAACAGAUGAAGUACUCUGUGGUACGGAUUGUCCGGGAGAAGUUGUUGAGGACAGAAUCCUUCUCAAGCCCUGAGCAACUCCAGGCAUUCUUAAGUCAGCUCUAUGUGUUCCUGGUGGAUGAGAUGCACGCUGCUCUCAAUAAGACUCUUUCAGUGGAUUCUCAAGACACACAUCAUGAGCCUCUGCUAAGCUGCUCUCAGCUCAAACUCUUCGCCAAAGAGGCCGAACUCAACACAGACUACCAGCAGGCCGCACAGUAUUAUCAAGAGUGUCUGGUUCGAGACGGCAGUGACCCGUCCCACUGGUUUGAUUAUGGGGCAUUUUACAUGCGGACCGCUGAGCACAUUAAAGCAGAGGAGUGUUUCCAGCAGGCCCUGUCCAUUGAUCAAACACACACAUCCAGUUUGAUCAUGUGUGGGGUCCUGUCAGAGAUAAAUGGACGUUAUGAGGAUGCUGAGACCUUCUUUGAAAGAGCCACAUGUGUUGAGCCCAGCAAUGUGGUUGCCUGGACCGUAUUAGGUCUGUUUUGCCAGUCUCAGGAUAAGUCCAUCCAAGCCGAAAUGGCUUUUCUGGAGGCCAAUAAACAGCUUAGUUCAGUCCUGCAGAACAGGCCAAUGUGUGGGACAGAGAUAACCUCUCAUCCUCACACUGAGUCUGGUGAGAAGAAGCAACAGGAGGACAAAACCACAGCUGGUGGAGAAACUCUGAAUAAAGAAAACAAACUUCAGAUCAUCCAGGAUUGUAAACAAGAAGCACGUCAUCAAAUUUCCCCCUCCAGUGUCAAAACCACCAUAUACAUGGAGACUGUGCGAUUUCUAUUGCAGAACUAUGCUUUACAGAUGGCACAGCGGGCGCUGGCACAAGAGCUUCUCUCUCCCGAUCGUGGACUUGGCUCAUAUCAUCUCGCUCUGGCCCAGCUACAGCUGCUGAGAGGAGAUCAUAGCAGUGCUGAGGAGAGCCUGAGAGAGGCACUGAUGGACAACUAUGAGGAUCCAGAUAUAUGGGCCCUGUGGGGUCACCUGCAUUACAUGAGAAGGGAUUUCUCUCAAGCUCAGAGCUGCUAUGAACGGACACUGGACUCUGUUCUGGAUGCUUCGGACAAACACUCAAUAUAUCUCCGCCUGGGUUCAAUCUAUCUGCAGGAUGGAGAGUAUAAAAAAGCCAAAUCUACAUUCCUGCAAGCAUGCAGAAGCUCUCCCUCUUGUCUUACAUGGCUUGGGCUGGGAACAGCAUGCUAUAGAUUGGAUGAACUAACAGAGGCUGAAGAUGCCCUGACUGAAGCUAAUGCACUAAACAACAGGAACGCUGAGGUUUGGGGCUUCCUGGCUUUAGUCUGUUUACGGGCUGGUAAAAAGCUUGAGGCUGAACAGUCAUAUAAAUAUGCUAUAAAGAUGAAUUUACAGAAAGAAUCUCUUCUGCAGGAGAUUCAUGACCUGCAGGCACGUGUUGGAUUUGGAAACCCUUCCUUUUGAUCAUAUUUUCUUGUAACUGUUAUUUUCUAUGAUCC